AGAGAGAAAAGACAACAGAAAGAAGGAAGAGAGAAAGAGGGACAGAUAAAGAGAGAUAGGAGAGAGAGGGAGAGAGAGAGCACUAGAUCUGUGCUGUGGUGUCUGAAGAAGGGCGUGCAGGAGCAGGUUAAUGAUCAUUGUCAGAGCGACGCAGUGGCCAUUGGCUGCUGUAGUAGCCGCUCUGAUAAGGAAGGAGUGAGACGCUGGACUGAAGCAGACUUUGUCCAGGAGGGUGGAAUGAGCUCACUGACUGUACCUGCCUGUCUGUGUGUCUGUCAUUUCUACAGCUGUGUGAUGAGUGAACUGGACUGUAAGGGACUCGGGUCGUACGAUCGUUUUCAGAGUGACCUGCGCUGCUCCAGAAGCUAGACUCCUCUCUGCUCAUGAGUGGACAGUAGAAAGUCCAGUGGAAGCCCUCUUACCUGCUCUAUAAACUCCUCUCAGAGUUUCUCAUGGUGCCCUUGUAGGCUCCUCAAAGUUAAUUCACCCCUGAAGUGCUUUGCGUCUUGGUGGCUUCACGUUGUAGCAUGUGAGUUUUACUGGAAGGCGGGGUCACUGUUCGGGAGAUUUCAGUGAAGCUGUGGGUUCCAGCAGGGACCACCAUGGAAGCGAAGCUGAAGGAGCUGCGGCAGAAACUGGAGAAGCAAUGCCAGGUCAACCAGGAGCUGCAGAACCACAACCAGGACCUGGAGAAGAGGUUGAAGGAGAAGGAGAGGCUGCUGGAGGAACUGCAGAGUCGUCUGGAUGAGCUGGGGGGUCAGUCUCCAAGGGAAAGCAAUGACGGUGUUCAGGAGGUACGGCAGAGCAGGACAGCAGUCAUGGCUCUGGAGCCGAUCCCAGAGGACCUGGACAUCCAAGCCACCAAAGUCAAAAAGACUGCCAGUGAGAGAGCUCAGAUCAUAAAGGCGAUGGGGAGAAAUGACUUCCUGAGUCGUUUGGAUGAAGAACAGAUCAGCAUGAUGGUGGAGCUGCUGACCUCUCUGGACCGUUGCCCCGGCGACGAGAUCAUCAAAGAGGGCACGGAGGGCGACAGCAUGUACAUUGUUGCAGCCGGUGAGCUCAAAGUUACUCAGUCAGGGCGUGACCUGCGGACUUUGACCUCUGGGGAUGUGUUCGGGGAGCUGGCCAUCCUGUACAACUGUAAACGGACUGCGUCGGUCAAAGCGGUCACAGCUGUCAGGUUAUGGUGCAUUGAGAGACAAACAUACAGAAGCAUCAUGACCAGCAAAUCCAAGAAGAAGCGGGAACAGCUGAUGGGCUUCUUAAAGACUGCUCGCACUCUAAAAGCCCUGAAUGAAGAGCAGCUCUCUAAUAUCAUUGACUCUAUGGAAGAGGUAAGGUUUCAGGACAAUGAGGUGAUCGUGCGAGAAGGUGCUGAGGGAGACACGUUUUACAUCAUCCUCAAAGGAGAGGUCCUGGUAACAAAGAAAGUAAGCGGGCAGCAGAAAGUCAUCCGUAAAAUGGGCCAAGGGGAACACUUUGGAGAGCUUGCCCUCAUACGUGCGAUUUUGAGGACGGCUACCUGCACGGCUGUGGGUGAAGUCACCUGCUUCUCCAUUGAUAAAGAGGUUUUUGAGGAGACCAUUCCAAUAGAAAGUCUGGAACUACAUGAUGAUUCGGAGCUGGAGAACACCGACACUUCAGAGAAAGAGAGGCUAGAGUCUUCUCUAAAGCAGCUGAAGGAUCUGAUCCCCGUCCUAUACCAGGAGGGCCGUUACCAAGGCGAACCCGUCACCCUUGGCCUGGGGGGCUUUGGACGAGUGGAACUGGUAACCACACUGCAUCAUGGGAAGUACUUUGCCAUGAAGAAGGUCAGCAAGAAGCUCAUAGUGGAGAAGCGUCAGGGACCGCAUGUCAUAUUUGAGAAGAGAAUUCUUCAGGACAUUGAGAGUGACUUCAUUGUCCGGCUCCACGCAGCCUUCAAAGACACACGCUACAUCUACAUGGUCAUGGAGUUCUGCUCUGGGGGAGAAAUCUGGACCAAGCUGAAAGAAGUAGGCCGUUUUGAUGAGAAUAUUGCUGUGUUUGUAGCAGCAUGUGUGGUCGAGGCCUAUUCGUAUCUCCACAAGAAAAACAUCAUGUACAGAGACCUGAAGCCAGAGAACCUCAUGCUGGACUCUAAGGGAUAUGUCAAACUGGUAGAUUUUGGCUUUGCUAAGGAGCUGCGGCGGGGCCAGAAGACAUACUCUUUCUGUGGGACCCCUGAAUACAUGGCCCCGGAGAUCAUUCAGAACCAGGGCCAUGAUUUUGCUGCUGAUUUCUGGUCACUUGGUGUUCUUGUCUACGAACUCCUGGUAGGCAGCCCACCUUUCUCCAGCUCUGAGCCGCAGAAGAUCUACGCCAAGAUUUUGGAUGGUGUGAUGAAGUUCCCCCCGUACAUGGGAGAGGGUGCUAGAUCUCUUAUUAACAAGCUCUGCAGACCACGUCCAGGUCAGAGGUUAGGCAACACCAAAAACGGGAUCAAAGAUGUCCGUCAUCACAGGUGGUUUAACAGUAUAAACUGGCACAAACUGAGGAUGGGACAGAUCGAGGCUCCAACAGUCAAACUCAUCAGAAAGGGUCCCUGCUACAUAAACUUUGACCGUUUCCCUUUUGAUAAGACCCAGGCGGAGGAGGAGUUCUCCGGGUGGGAUCGAGAUUUCUGAGCCGGGGGACUUCCUCAGGCUUACUUACUUUCCAGAACUUUCUAAAACCGUUAUAUUGCUGUGCCUGAUUAUGAGACAUGGCGGUUAAUUGAAGACAACACUACACUGUCUGAGUGUAGAGGCUAGUGUUACACCUUUUUCAUAAAGGUUCUUGGUAAUAGUAAUGGCGCCCUCUGCUGGAGGCCUUUUAUUGGAUGUUGUAUGGUAAUGUUCUAAGCCAGGAAGGACCUAGUCCUGGUCCUGGAACUCUACCAUCUUGGAGAACUGAUAUCCAUCACACUGGCUGCUCUCGAAGGUCUUCAUUACCCACAUUAGGUGUGUUAGAUUAGGAUUUGAGGCUGGCAGAUCUCCAGCACCAGGACUGGGCACCCUUGUUCUAAAGCAGUAAUAUUUUUUUUUAUAUUUUUGAUUGUUUAAACUUUAUCUGAAUAGAAAAGCUGAUGUGUACAGAUGUGUGAUGAAUGUUCUUUUGCACAGAAAGGCACAUUUGUGUUAAUGUACACCUGGAUGAAGACAAAGUGUACCACAUGCCAUGCAGCUGCAUCAUUUAGAGGAAUACUCCAGCAUUGGUCAGCCUAAUCUCUACUGAAUUAUACUGUUGACGACCACA